GUCGCCAUGGUGCCUAAUGAAGCUACAUCGGCUAUAUUGGCUUCGCUAUGCUUCUGCUGGAAAACCGAUAUGAGUAGCAAUGAAAUUUGUCUGCUUCUUGGAGCAACUGGCGUCGGAAAAACGUUGUUGCUGAAACGGCUACAAAAGCUCAGUUUGCAUGGAUUAGGUGAACUGGAGGCACCCCCUUCUACUCUGCCUACAGUAGGAACCAACCUGACAGACCUGACACUGAAGAAGAAGAAGGUGACAUUAAGAGAGCUUGGAGGCUGCAUGGGCCCUAUAUGGCCGAGUUACUUCAAAGACUGCUCCUCUGUCAUUUUCAUGGUGGACUCAGCCAACAUCGUUCAGAUAUCCUCUUCCUGUAUCCAGCUGCUGUCAGUACUGUCUGCUGAGCCUCUGCACAGUGCCUCUGUGCUUAUUCUCUUCAAUAAGAGGGACAUGCCUUGCACCAUGAGUCUUACAGAGAUAAAGUCGCUGCUCAGGAUGGAUGACAUCAUUGCAUCUGCUACUCAGCCAAUCACAACACUGGAACUCAGUGCCCGCUCUGGACAGGGACUUCAGGAGGUGUUGAGCUGGCUGGAGUCCAUCAUCAAGUGAACUAUCAUCAGUUUGUUCUUUAUAAAAAGUGAUGCUACUCUCACAGGACUUUGAAUGAUGACAGAGAUAUCAGUAUCCUCGCUGUGCAAAUCCUGUUUACAUACCAUUUUUAAGAGGAUUUAAUGAUGUGUUUAGUGGUGGACUCACCACUGAAAAAGGGGCAAAACAUAUGACAAGAAAAACUGUUAAUGUUGUGUCUUUGGCACCAUAUAAAUAUGGUGACUAUUCAGAAAGGGGAAGGAGAUGUAUUAGUAAUAUCAUGGCAGGAUGGAAAGAUUGUAUGGUUGGCCAUUUUAACAUUUGUUAAAUCAACACUACUGUAGGUCUUACCUGCAGUACCUGCAGUUAACAAUUAGUUAUACUGGUCACUUUUACUAAUUCAAUUCCAGACAGAUAAACAGUGAACUGCAGGGAUUCAUGACUGCCUGUAGUGUGACCAUAGGACUUGCGUGUUUUCGUAACAUUGGAGGAAACCUCCUGCUACUCUAAGUACUAGUUUUAUUCUGAAAUAAAAUAAGCUCUUGCACAGUUUUAAUUACUAGUUAAGUGUGAGAAACACAUGUUAUAAGAGCUUGGCUUGUCAGAGCGAUUGAUGUAAGUGAUGCAGCAUAAUAGUAAUGAGUCAUUACCAGCAGGAGGCAUAAAAUGCACAACAAAUACUGUAACCGGUAUUGGGUGUGUGUCUGAGUUAUGAUGAUUUCAUAUUAAAUGUGUUGAUAUCACAGGAAAUGAGAAAAUACAAAACAAUAAAACCAGCUGAAGAAUGAAGCAGCAUUCUAAUUAUCCCCUUAUAUUUGAUGAGUCAGUGGUUCACAAGCAAUGAAUAAAACUCAUGAUUUAUACAUUUUCUAAUGUUGCCUUGCUUAUAGUAAAUUCAGAAGCACUUACAGCCCUCCCCAACUAUAACUUCAUUCAGUUAACCCCAGCAAUUCAUUUCACUAUAUUGAAAUCAUGUAUACACCGAUGUUUCUCUUCAGUUCUGGUCCAACAGAAGCCCCACAAAGUUAACCAUGUUGAUGAAGCAACAUUUCAAGAACUGGACAGUUCUCAAACUCUUGUCUCUUAUCGGUAAUCUAUUUUUUUCCAGAGCUGGAGUAUAAUGACAGCAGAAGUGGCCAGCUAAGCCAAUCACACAAACAGCUGAGCAGGAGACUUGUUGACUACUUGAAAAGCUGUAAUACAUUUGCCUGGUAAUUAUGGCUAAGUGAAGAGACAAUAAAAUAUUAUCAAACUGUG